AUGGCUGAUCUAGACGAUUUCUUCGCUAAGAAAGACCGUAAAAAGUCAAAAGUUAAAAAGUUCGCGACGGCUGAUGAACUAGCAAAAAAAUUGGAGGAUACUAAGCAAAAAUCUGACGUGAGGCCGAAAAAGGAGCGCCCAGCGCAAGAGGGCGAAGACACCGGACGAGCAGGGGAAGAAGAAGAAUGGAAAGAUUAUGAAGAACCAGUGAAAGAUUACACUGGUCUCAAGAUCCAAGUUCUGCAGGGUGGUGCCGGUGCUCCUGAGUCUGGGCGGGAUUCUGCCACUGAGGAUUCUGCCCCUGAGAAUACCAAGAAUAAGGGGCCUUGGAACAAACCUGCGGAGCAAGAGCAACCUACGCCUGCGCCUCCUCCUCCUCGUGAGGAGAAGUCUCAGCCCUCAGCGUACGUGCCACCGCAGUCCCGUAACCGCACCGCAGAGCCCGUAAGGAGGCAUCAGUCGAAGAACGCACCAGACAUCCAUAACGACGAUUACUUCCCCGUGCUGGGCGCUGGCACCAAGCGUGCCGGCGGCUGGAGCACGGCCGGUGGCGGGGGCGGAGCGCCCGCGCGCGCUGGCGCCACGCGGCAGCCCCUCGCGCUUGGCAACCGGUUCACGUCGCUGCAGGACGACAGC